UCUGCGAGUAGUGGAGCAUUAGAGUCGGUGGAAGCUUGCACCUUUAACCAUUUAGCAUGGUAACACGUUCGUGGAAAAGCCCUUGACAAACUUUGUCAACGUCGUGCACAUCGCACGGAUUAUAUCCUCCGACAUCUCGGCGCGUUAUUAUAAUAACGAUAGUUUAAUUAAUCCUCGAGCGCGUAAACAUUCAACGAUAAAAUAUUACAGAGGCGUACGGUAACAAAGCGAGAAAUCAAUCGCCUCGAUCCGAUGAAUCCGAAGCUUCGAAACGGCGAGGUCGCAUAAUUCGGGCUGUUUCAUUUCCGUGAUUCGUCAUAACGAUGAGGCUUUAUCGUACAAUCAGUGGAAUUAAAUACACGUGACGUGAGGCGUGAUGAAAUCGGUCGGAUGGUCGAGCCGAUCGGCAACGCUGUCGCGGACUGAAAUCGACUUGUCGGAAAUCGGAUGUCGUUUUAAUAUCGAUGAUCGUCCGAGCGUCGUGAGCAGGUCGGGAAUUUUUCACCCGAUACCGGGAAUUCGGGCGAGCUUUUCCGCUCUUUCUCUGCCGCCCGCGUGCCUGUGUGCUUUUUAACACGAACCCUCCUUUUGGAUUUUACGCGAAUGGUACAGCCGUUGGGCUUCAGGUUCGGGAAUUUCCGUCCUGAGCGCCCUUGAUUAGUAGGGCUCGAUGUGCCGCCCGCUCCACGAAGGGAUUAUCGCCCAACGCUCAACGGUCUUGUCGGAAAAAAUUUACCGGACCAAUUCAGCCGGCGCCGGAUUACGAACCUUCUGCAUUCUGGCGCUGCUCGUCGCGACGCCCCGCGGCGUGGAGUCUGCAGGGGUGGACCCCUGUGUCCCGGUGAGACGGGCGUAUUCCUGGCCGCCCGGAUUCGGCCCUGCAGGAUCGUCGGAAUCGGUAUACCUGGGGUACGGGGGUGACCCAUGGGGCACGUCCUCGGCAACCACUCACGCCGCGAAGGAGCGUCACGCGCGUUUUUCCUGGCAGACACAAAGUGCCCCGGCAUCAAGAAACGUCUCGAAUAAAACGGAGACCGAACUCAAUUCCGAAGCUGAAAACAAUUCGUCCCGGUUAAGAAGAUCAAAGCGGGGCGUGGUACACCUCUACAACAUGGUAUUUUGUGCAACCGGGUGUAACCCCCUGGCUUACAAGGGAUACGGAUGUUACUGCGGUUUUUUAGGAUCAGGAUUUUCCAUAGACGGUAUUGACAGAUGUUGUAAGAUGCACGAUUGGUGCUACGAGGCAACCGACUGCCCGAUGUUCUUGGAGUACUUCGUUCCUUACUACUGGAAAUGCUAUCGCGGCUAUAAACCGAUAUGCGCCGUCGAGCACGGGGAGUGGGGAGGGUCUGGAUCGUGUGCCCAACGUUUGUGCGAAUGCGAUCGUGCCUUGGCGGAAUGUCUGCGUCGGUAUCCUUGCCCAACUACCAAAGCCAUGUGCACGUCUUCCGCCUGGAGGCUGGUGCAAAAUUUAUUUAUGGUUAUGUAAAGUUGAACUACAAAUAUAGAAUUUAACGAACCUAUUCAAUUUAAGACUAUUUAAGACUAAUUAAACCUAAUCAAACCUAUACACAUACAUAUAUGUAUAUACAUAUAAGACUUUC